CCGGGGCAGCAGCCCGAGGUCCCGGCGCGUCCCCGAACCAUGCCGGUAGCCGUGCUUCUCUGCGCGCUAUGCUGCGGCCUCUUGGCAGUGUCUGCUCGUGCCGGUUACUCCGAGGACCGCUGCAGCUGGAGGGGCAGCGGCUUGACCCAGGAGCCCGGCAGCGUGGGGCAGCUGACCCUGGAUUGUACUAAGGGCGCUGUCGAGUGGCUGUACCCAGCCGGGGCGCUGCGCUUGACCCUGGACAGCCCCGAUCCGGGCACGCGGCCCAGCAUCGUCUGUCUGCGCCCAACGCGGCCCUUCGCUGGUGCCCAGGUCUUCGCUGAACGGAUGGGCGGCAACCUAGAGUUGCUUCUGGCCGAGGGCCCAGACCUGGCUGGCGGCCGCUGCAUGCGAUGGGGUCCCCGCGAGCGCCGGGCCCUUUUCCUGCAGGCCACACCACACCGCGACAUCAGCCGCAGAGUUGCUGCCUUUCGUUUUGAGCUGCAUGAGGACCAGCGUGCAGAAAUGCCUCCCCAGGCCCAAGGUCCUGGUGUAGAAGGUGCCUGCAGGCCCUGCAGUGAUGCCGAGCUCCUUCUGGCUGCAUGCACCAGUGACUUCGUGAUCCAUGGAACCAUCCAUGGGGUCACCCAUGACAUGGAGCUGCAAGAGUCAGUCAUCACUGUGGUGGCCACCCGUGUCAUCCGCCAGACACUGCCCCUGUUCCAGAAAGAAGGCUCCGAGGGCCUGGGCCAGACCUCCAUUCGUACCCUAUUGCGCUGCGGUGUGCGUCCUGGCCCAGGCUCCUUCCUUUUCAUGGGCUGGAGCCGAUUUGGCGAAGCCUGGCUGGGCUGUGCUCCCCGCUUCCAAGAGUUCAGCCGUGUCUAUACAGCUGCCCUUACAGCCCACCUCAACCCAUGUGAGGUGGCACUGGACUGAGAGACCUGGGAGCAAGUCCCUGCCAGACCUUCUGCUGGGAAAUGGGGUACUGGGGAGGGGUGGUAGGAAGGGUGUGGCUCAGAUGGCAUCCUGGUACCUGCAGUGAGUUGAUAGAAUACUAAGUAACUGGAUGACACCAA